CCCCACCUCUGUCUAUCUCUCUCUCUCUGUCUGUCUCUCUCACACUCGCUUCUCCUGUGAUCGUGUCUCUUUCUCUCCUCGCGCGGCGCCUUUGUAUUUGUUAUUGUUUUUGUUUGUUGAUGUGAUCAUGGCUGUAAAUAAAACGCACGUCGGUAUCGUGUACGCCUCGUUCGGUACGAUCAUGGGCUGUUCUGCUUUUCUGGUGUGGAACAUCGUGUUCAAGCAGCCGUGGACUGCAACCAUGGGAGGACUGUCAGGUGUGCUGGCACUGUGGGCCCUCAUCACUCACAUCAUGUACCUGCAGGACUACUGGAGGACCUGGCUGAAGGGCCUCAAGUUCUUCUUCUUCAUCGGGGUCUUCUUCUCUCUGCUCGCAGUCGUAGCCUUCAUCACCUUCCUGUCUGUCGCCAUCAGCAACAAAGAGUCCCUGAGUGACCCCAACAGUCUCUACCUGUCCUGUGUGUGGAGCUUCAUGACCCUGAAGUGGUCCUUCGUGCUCGCCUUGUGCGCUCACCGCUACCGCAAAGAGUUCGCCGACAUCAGUAUCCUCAGCGACUUCUGAUGCCAUCACCAGUGACCCACUCAUACUCUACUGUUCACUCACUGUGCUGACCUCUAACCCCGGAGCGUCACAGCGUGGGAGAGACAGAGGACACCAGAAGAGGAAUCGGGGGAGUUUUAAAUUCUGCUGUGUGUCUCACCAGGUUCUCCCCCCCAAACCUGCAGGAUUUGUUGUCCACAUGGCAACUUUACAGAGAAGUCACGCUCUGAUUUAUAUGAUCCUUGAUAAAUUUUAUUAUCUUUACAAUAUCGCACACUCAAACAAAACAACUCCAAACUAUCAUCUUGAACUGUCACGUUUCCCCACACUCCUCAGUGGUAAUUAUCAGUUGCAGUCCAGCCACUAGAGGGAGCCACUGUUCCAAUAUUGAAAUAACAUGUACAGUACAUGUGCUCGACAUCCCAACUUUGUAAUAUUACUUCUAUGUGUUUUCUUUAUGGUUUUUCUAUACCUGUGAAUCAUGACAGACGUGUUGCACAUCACUAGUUGCACAUACAUAUACGAAGAAAUGUGUGAUACAAGGCUUUAAUGUUGUACAUCCAAACACUGCUUCAACAGAGCGUCAGGGUUUCGCAAAGGACAAAUCUGCAACAUUCAAGCAAAUGUGCAUAUGUGCAAUCCCAAAUAAGCACCACAUGUUUGGAUUCGACAUGUUUUUGAACUAUUAAUGGGCAUUUUUUAUGAUGAGAAUGAUUUUUACAUUAGUUUUAUUUUAAAAGAGUAAGAAAUGUCGGAAAUCAUAAUUUUGAAUAUGGCUCUCAGUUUAGGGCUUUGAUCUGCCACAGUUGUUUGAAUGUUAUUUUAUAUCGUCCUCAUCAGAAAUAAUGAGAUUAUUUUGGUGUUAUUUCCUUUAAUUGUUCUAUAUCUCUGUUCACUGCCAUGUGAGAAAUGAAGCAUAACAACAACGUGUAGGAGUGUGUGGUGUGUGUGUGUGUGUGUGUGUGUGUGUGUGUGUGUGUGUUUGUACAGGAGUGUGUGUGAGAGCCAUGUUAAUAAAAAAAAACAUUUCUUCACA